CAUUUGUAACGUAACCAUAUAUAUAAUCUGUGCUGAUUUAUCCUAUUGUGUUUUGAGCGCAAAGGAAAUGACAAUGCCAGGAGAAGCUGAAAUGAAGAAUUCAUCCUCUCCAGGAUCGAAUCUCAGCCCUUGGGAAGAGUGGGUCAUUUCCAAAGCCAGGCAAGAUCGACUCAGAAUGGAGCAAAAAGUCAGAGAGGAGGCUUCCCUGAAAGAAGCUAAGAUGCAGCAGGAGAAGGAACAAGAGCGGAGAAAGAUAACAGUGGAGAAGAAAAUAACUGAGUGGCUUCAAAUGAAGAGAGACCAGGAAAAGGUGGAAAAACAACUGAGGAUGAACAAAGCACUGGAGGAAAAGCACUAUAAAGAGCAAAAGAAGAGAGAAACUGAAGAAAAGGCACAGAAAAGAUAUAUGGAGUGGCUUCAAAAGAAGAACCAAGAAGCAAUGGAGAAGAAGCAGAAAGAAAAGGAAGAAACAGUUAGAAGAGACUUGGAAGCCAGAGAGCGGAAACAAAGGUCAGAAGAAGAGUUCAAGAAAUGGUUAAUGAGUGUGAAACAUAAACCUCGACCUGCAGCCAACACUUCCAGUUCAAGAAGAAAGAUGGCAGGUUUCUAUGACAAUGCAUAUCCAGCCCCAAGCUACUGCAAUCCCAUCCCGUGGAAGCCCAUUCACAACCCUUUGCCACACGACGUGCCGAAGAACUCAUCCAGAACAAGUCAGAGGUGUCGGAGAUGAGUCAAGCUGUUAUUUAUCACCUGUUGCAGAUGAACUAUAUCAAGAAAUGAUGAAACAACAUACUGUGGAUUGUCUUGUACUGUGAUGGGCUUCUCUGCCAACCCCAACGACUGUAGUGGACUUAUUGAGCGGCUACAUUAUUGAUAUUACUGACAGGAUGUUAACCUCAGGUAUAUAGAUGAAUUUUUGAUCUGUUGGCUUCAAGAUUGACUUUUGAAAGGUUUUUGUAUUUUUAUACUAAUAAAAGUCCAAUAAAAAUUAAAAAUGUAUCCCAACAUAGACCAGAUUUAACGGCUUUACUUGUCCAACAAAUAUAUCAGUAACGUCUGUGCAGUCCGUUUGCCAGACAUAGCUCGAUUGUCGGCAUGUGCUUUUGUUUUGUCCUAUUAGUGGUUUUUUUUUUUUUAA